UUUGAUGAUUUAUCGUGUGUUGUCAGUGUUAAUUCGUAAUGUAAGUAUGUUAACUUGUGAAUAUAAGUGUAAAAAUGUAUAAACAAGCGCUAAAAAAUAGUGUGUUUUUAUUGGUGUUAAAAAAAUUUCUAAUUUAAAAAUAAUAAUCAUUUUAAAAUAAAUAUCCUGCUCCAGAUCAUCGUAUCCUAGAAUGUCAGUAGAUACAGGAAGUACAGUACUUCCGGUUUUAGCUGGAGACAUUCUUGCACUCAGGGGAACAGGAUUGGCCGCUGCCGAGACAUGGGCUCUUCUUUGCCAAGCUGCCCAGGCCCUCCAAGACUUAUUUCUCUCCAACAGCGGAGUUGUUGGAAGCGGUUCGCGGGCGGGGCCGGUGGUGACUCCUCACACACUUGAACUCACACCCCGAGGUAGAGUUAUAUUGCAGAUGGCGUCUCCGGAAACAGCUCGAGCGUAUUUACCACCAGAAUAUAGGCCCGGUCGUUUGUAUUCAGACACUGAAUCCGAAAAAAUGUGGAUGUACUCGCUGGGCCGUGCGUUAUUGGAUACCACCCCACGGGUCGCUGCCCUAACAGGUUCAGUGUCAGUUUCACCGCCUUCGGCACUACAGUCUGUUUUAGCAGCUAUGAUUGAACCGGAUCCGCAGCGACGUGCUUCUCUCAUGAAUCUUCUUGAUGUAAUAUCAGAGUAUUGUCGUACGCGUAUGUUGUCAAAGCCUUUCACUCGCAUAGUAAUGGACAUGUAUCGUGAAGUUAUAAGAUCACCUCAGUACAUAGCCCGUAACCGGGCAGCAUCCUCACGUCAAUUACAUCCUCACCGUUGGAAUCAACGUACCGAAAACAAUGAAAAAUCAAUUCCCCCAAGUUGUAACUAUCCAAAGCCUCACCAGAUCAAAGGACAGAUUUUCAAAGCGCAAUCACGCAAUUCACGAUCUCAUCCCAAUCUUCCGAGUGUCCUCGAGCCAUCAACUCUGCACCUCACAAAACAUCAAUUUAAAUCCCAAACAGAUAUUAAAUCCAACGGGCCGUUAUUAAUAGACAAAACGAAUCACAUUCGAACAAAUUCACAGCCGAUUUAUUCCGAGUGUCCGAAAAAGCCCGUCAAUGAAUCGGAGAUACGAAAUAUAACGAAACGUAAAAACGAUGAAAAGGUUCAAAUUAAUAGUGUAUACAGUGAACCGAUAUAUGCUUUUCCAAUGAAACCAUUCCUUAGCUCACAGGACGUGCGCGUUAACGGGCUGACUGUCAAACAACAUCAUCCGAAUCAGAAUAGUCAUUAUGUGCGGCCGAUUACGACCAGACUCAAUUCAGAUCCCAAUUAUAACACGAGCCCUCAAAACCACAAUCAAGAUCCCCCUCAUAUUGGCCAAGUGCCAUUUCGCAGCGUAGAAAUAAUUCCCAGCGCAACUUCAUCCCGGCAAAAUCGCCCGCCCCAAACUUCAUUGCAUCGACAGUAUUCAAGCCCGCAAAUUCUGAGUCGUAAUUUAGCAACACAAAAUUUACGAAGCAAUUCAGUGGAGUCUAUAAUUGAGUCUGAAAAGCAAUAUCAUAGUCAACAACAAAAAAUAUGUCAGAGUUCAGAUGUUAAGUAUUACAAACAAGAAGAACAAAAAAAUCAUCAUGAACAGAUACAAUGUCAUCAAGAACCCACUUACAGUGUCAAACCUUCAACAGUAGUUAACAACGCAAUGACGAAUUACUCGCAUCCCCUCGCUUUACCCGAGCCUCCCAGUAACCCACCGCCACCUAAACCACCUCGGAAUCUCCAACUACGAAAUGGGCCAAGGGCUCGUCGUGGUAAACCCGUACAACGAGCCCCAUCACGGUUAUAUCGAGCCCUCAGUGGUCCAGUACGUUCUCUAAACAAGACACAAUGUGUCGGUCCGGAAUUUGUAGUACGAGCUAAUCAACCGUCAAAAUUCCUCAAAAUCGGCGAUCCUAAGGGUAACAAUGUAGGCCGUCUGGUUGUUAUCUUACUGUCCGGACAACGAAUCGAUGUCGUGUGCGACCGUAACAGAAUAACUGCAAGUCAGUUAUUCCAGGCGAUUAUUCAGGCCGAGCGAUUGGAGGAAAAUUUUACUCUAGGGUUAGCGGCUUUAUUGGCAGGAGACUUUGCCAUGUUGCCUCCUGAAACAAAACUGCACAAAGUCGCGCCUCCUGGAUGGUUGAAUGACAAAAACAAACCCGGACCGAUGUGUCUGCCAACAAGUUUCAUGCUCUAUUUACGACAAAGAUUUUUCUUACCCUCAUUGCGCGGAAUUCGCAGUUGGAUUUCAAAGCAUUUGCUCUACCUACAGAUAAGACGAUGUAUUUUAGAACAGCAGCUGGUCUGCUCAGUGGCGCAGCUCGUCAAUCUGACAGGUCUUGCUCUUCAAGCGGAAUUCGGUAAUUACAAUGAAAAUGAACACGGUCGGGGAAAUUAUUUCCUACUCGAACAUUACGUGCCCGAGACAUUGAUUCUAUCAAAUUCUGAAGAGAGAUCCCAAGUGAAUUUAUCUAACGAAACACUUACAAUCCAGCUACACCAAGCGCACCAAAAUAGACGAGGUCUUGACGCAAAUACCGCUGAGGAAUUAUUCAUUACUCAUGCCCAAGAACUUGAUGAUUAUGGUCUACAUCUUUAUAUUGCGACGAUUGAUGCCAGGGAAUUGAACAAAAUUGUCCAGCAAUUAUCCAAGGAAUCCACGCUAGCAAAAGUAAACUAUCAGGCGAACGAUAGUAUUGUUAACGUCGACGGCAAAGAAAAUGUUUACGCUGUACCCAAAAACAUCAUUUCUGAUGUCAAUAGCAAAACUAUCAAAAGUAAUGAUAAAAGUAACAAAGUCCGCAAAGCAGAAACGAAUAUAUGGUUCGGUAUUUAUGGUCAAGGGGUUAAAUUAUUCAAACGCGCUGGUCAAGUGCGGGAAAUAAGCGAACUAGUUCGCCUGCAAUGGCGGGAUAUUCAUACACUGACUUACAGCAAAAACGGGCUGGCGAUUUAUACUAAACAAAAUGGCCGUAAGCACAUCAAGUUUAACCUUAAAAUGGACCACAAAAAAAGCUACUACGCAUUCAAUCUCACGUCGUUGCAUCAUCAGUUUUUCCAAAAGUUCCGAUCAGGUCUUACGUCACAUCAGGAUUUGAUAAAAGACUUUGGUGUCCCGUUGAUAACCGACUCACUGGGUAACAUAAAACCCAAAAGUAAAGUGAAGGUUAAAAUUGGCAACAAAAUGAUAGCAUCUAAUAAUAAUAAUAAUAAUAAUAAUAAUAAUAAUAAUAAUAAUAAUAAUAAUAAUAAUAAUAAUAAUGGGGAAAAUAAACCGUCGUUAGAAGAUUGUCAAAAUAAAGAAAACGAGAAUCCGGAAAAAGAUUCGAGUCCGUCGCAAGUUAGCAAUGAUUCUGUUUGCUAUACACCUGAAGAUGACGCGCUCUAUGCACAAGUAGACACGCGGUUAGAACCGGAAGGGGCGCGAUUAGAACCAGAAGGCGCUUCGCGUGAUACUGAAGAUGAAAGCGAACGUGUGCAAUUGAAUGAACGCGAUAAAUUAGAUAACUGUCGUGUUUUCAGGGAUGAAACAUAUAAUUAUCAGAGUAUCGGGCAAUUGUGUAAAUCUAUUUACGAUAUACCGAAAUUAAUGUCUUCCAAUGGCUACAAGCCGACUGAUAAGAUUACGGUGCAUCCAGAAGAGCUUUAUGCAGCAAUCGAUAAGUCUGGCUGUGCUAAAAAAAAUAAAGUCCAUGUAUUUCGUUCAGCAGAAUCUACAUCUGAUGCAUGGAAUAGUGAAAAUGAUGCCAAUAAAAAUUAUAGCAAAAUAAAAACCUCAAGUCUUCCUAAUUCUAAUAGUAGUACGACAACGCGACAAGGACAGCAACAGCCUUCGCAACAGCAACAGCAACAACAAGGAUCACGCACGCCAAGUUUACCCAGACGAUUGGGUGUUAAAAUGGGCACACGUGCAAUUUAUGGCAACAGUUUGGCGCCAAAAGAUUCUGCUGAUGAAUUUGAAUCAAUGUCACUUAAAUCGGAUUCUGUUUCUUCAAUUCGCUCUUUAGUCCAUUCAAAUGAUUCGCCAAUGACUGAAGCAUAUGUUUUAAAUGCAGAUAUACGAAUAGAUGAUGAAACUUUUCAUAUUUCGAAUGACGAAACCAUGUCGACUUCCCUUAUGGCUCGACUUGAAGAAUUGUCGUUCGUUGAAGAACGAAUUUUACGUACGAUAAAAUUAGAAAGAGGGCAUGGUGGUAGUAUUGGAUUGCAAGUGACCGAAGGGAAUGACGGCGGGGUUUAUGUCCAGGCGAUUUCAGUCGGCGGGUCUGCUGAUAUGGCGGGAAAUAUAAAUAAAGGUGAUCGAAUAGUAGCAAUAAAUGGCCAUAGUUUACUUAAUUUUCGUUACGAAGACGCGUUAAAAAUGCUACAAAAUAGUUCUUGUCAAACGAUUGAAUUAAUUAUUUCACAAGGACUAAAUCAUAAUAAUUAUAGUGAUAAUUAUAAUUGUAAUAAAGACAAUAUAAAGACAACCCGGCAUCAAUUACAGAGUACAAUUAAUGAUAAAUCAGAUAAUUCAUUAGAUACGCAAACAACUUGUAGUUUAUCGUCAAGAUGGCUGGCGCCAUCGAAAUCAUGUGAUCCAACAUCAUCAGUUCAAAAUACUUCCAGUGCUUACAGCAGCGCUGCUUCCAGUACCAUGGGCAAUUAUGAUGGUAAAAAUUUUUAUAUAGAUGGACUUACGAGCAAUGAAAUAAAUUCCGCGAGUAUACUGAUUAAUAUUGAAGACUUGGAUAUUAGCGGUACCAGUCAUCAAGUUUUUAUAUAAAUCAGUUGAAUUAAAAAAUCCACCAGCAGUGCCGUUGCGUCGUAAAAAAAAUUCACCAGACCCUAAAAUAUUAAAGACUAAACCAUCAAAAAAACUAACCGAAAAUGAAAAUAAAUUAAUUAACCCAUCGACGUUAUCCAGUAGUCAAUUAAUUAAAACAAAUUCAAAGAAAUUAAUAAAACCAAGCAAUUUAUAUUCAUCCUCCUUAUCAUCAAAUGUUAAGCCAAAUUCAAAUGGAGUAAACAGCAACGUAGUUACUAAAGUAAAAGAGCAAGAUAAUAAAAAUAAAAAAACAUAUAAUUCACCGCUUUUAUUCACUAUUCGAGACUUUGAAAGUGUGAUGGAGUAUUCAGACAUGAAUAGAAUGUGCCAACAACCUGAGUCUUUAAAUUCACACAGUAAUAAAAAUAAUAAUAAAAAUGAAGCGACAUGUUUUAUGAUUACUGCUAGUAAUUUACCUUUCGCAGCAUUAAAAGAUGGCGGUGCCGCGACUAAUGACAAAAAUUUUAAAAUUCAAAAUAAAAACCACAGAAAAAUUUCUCAUACAGAAAAAAAUAACAAAAAUGAUUCGUUCGAUUUUGAUAACGAUAACAAUAAAUUUUUUAAUGAUUUAAAAAAUAAAAAUGAUGAUAAAAAAAUUAUGAAAAUUGAUAGUAAAAAUAUGAAAAGUCAAAAUGAUAUGAAAAAUGAUUUAUUGAAUGAACUUGUUACUAAUUUUCAUGAAUUGAAGCUGAAAAAAGUUAAAAAAAUAGAGCUUACAGAGUUGGGUAAAAAAAAUAGCGACGACAAAGUGAUGGUAGAAAAUAUAAAUGAUAAUAAUAUUAAUAAUAGUAAUAAUAAUAUUAAUAAUAAUGGAAUAAAUUGUGACUCUAUGAACAAUAGUGCCUGUAUUAAAGGUAAAAAGACUGAUGAUAAAGAUCUGGAGAUCGAUAAUUACAAUAACGAUACUACUAGUCUUAAAUGUAUGAAAUUUAAAAAAAUAGAGCCUGAAAAACCGGCAAUUAAAAUAUCUGAUGCGAUGGAUUAUAAAAUUAAUCGUUUAUGUAUUAAUAAUAUUAAUAAUAAUGAUGACAAUAAUAUUAUUGAAAAUACAUAUACGUCUGGAGAUAAAAAAUCUGGUAGAAUUAGUCAUAAUUAUCGAGUUAAUGACCAGAUUUUUAGUUCGAAAAAUAAUAUUUUUAGUGAUAAGCAUUAUAAACAUGAUAAAAAAAUAAAUAAUAGUUAUAUAGCUGGUGAUAAUAGCAAUGAUUUGUGUGUAGGAAAAGAUAUAAAGAUAUAUACGAAUGAUAAAAAUAUAGUUGUCGAAAUAGAGCACACGGGAAAAUUGAUGAGGAAAAAAAAAGACGGUCUGGUGAUUAGAGAAAUAGAUGAUAAGAGACUGAGUGGUUGUUCGAGUGAAUUUGAAUUUAAAGAAGUGGAAUCUUGUUUGAGAGACCGAUCGUCGAGUCGAAGUUUUAGUUGCAAAAAAAAAGUCAAAUUUGAUGCCGACAAAAUGGCGGGUGGUGGUCGGGUUAAAAAAGUAAAACGUAAAGCGCCACCACGACCUUUUAGUGAAAAUAAACAGGUUAUGGACUGUGAGGUGUGUGAUAAUUAUGAGAAAAAAGAGGAACUUGGGAAAGUUAAUGAUGCUGAUAAUGGGAAAAUUAGACGAUUGACUAGUGAGGCGUUUCCUCAUCAAAAUAAUAAACAAGACUCACCAAGACGCGAUAAUAAGUCAGGUAAAAAUCGCAUUGUUCUUUUUCAAUGUUUAUUUAAUAAUAAAAUAUGUAAAUAUUGUGUAAAAGUGAACAAAUGAGAAACAAGUGAAAAAAAAAAAAAACUUUUAAAUUUAAUUAUUCGUGAAAUAAUUUUAAAAAUACGGCCUACGUUAACGGUACUUAAAUAAUAAUAAUAAUUAUUAUUAUAAUCAUUUUUUACGCUUCUUAUAUUUAAAAAAAAAAAUAGCUAAUUAUUUUACCUCUGCAAUUAGUAUUACUUAGUUAAUUAGUUACUAUAAUUUAAAAAAAAGCUUUUAUAUUAUGAUAUAUUAAUAAUAAUUAAUAAUCGGCCAUAAUUAAAAAUUUUAAGCUCAAAUAAUUUAUAAAAUUGCACAAGUGUAUUGACACAGUAAAAAAAUUUUCGUAAUUGCAUAAAGAAAAAAGUCUGUUAAAAAUUUUGUGUUAAAUAUUUAACACUUUUGGGUGUUAAUUUAACAUAUUGAUUUUGUGUUGUUUGAUCAGUUUAUUUUUAACACAAAAAGUUUUAAUUGAAACAAAAGUAACAUCUCAGUGUUAUUUUUCAAACAAGUGUUAACCCUUAAAAUAUAACUAUAACACAGAGCGCGUGUUAACUUAUUAAAUUAACACGAAGAAUGUGAAUUUACCGUAGCAAUACAUACAUUUUUGUAAGUGUCAGAAUAACACAAAUAAAAGAGUUAAAUUAACACUUUACGUGUGUCAGAUAACAUUUUCAUGUGUUAAAGUUUUAGAACCGGUAACAGAGAAUAUUAACAUUUUUUUUCACACAAAUUAAUAAUGUUAACAUAAACUGGGUUUAAAAGUUAUAUAUAAUUAUAUGCAAUUCAUAUCUAUUUAUAUAUAAUAUAAGAUUAUAUGUUAAUAUAUAUAU